AUGAAGCCUUCGACGCUCUUCGGCGCCGUGCUGGCAAGCACCGCCAAUGCCGCCAUCACCCUCGACCUCCAAUCGCCCGACUCGAUCAAGGCCGCGGCGAAGACGGCAGCAGAGGGAAUGGUCAAAUACUACAAUGGAAACAAGCCGGGCUUCAUCCCCGGUCUGCUGGGAGAUCCAUACUACUGGUGGGAGGCAGGCGCCAUGUUUGGCGCGCUGGUCGAUUAUUGGUACUACACGGGCGACGACACAUUCAACGACAUCACAACACAAGCCCUGCUCUUCCAGGUCGGACCGGAUGUCAACUACAUGCCGCCCAACCAGUCCAAGUCGCUGGGUAACGACGACCAGGCCUUCUGGGGCAUGGCAGCCAUGUCGGCGGCAGAGGUCAACUACCCCAACCCGCCCGACGACGAACCACAAUGGCUCGCGUUGGCACAGGCCGUCUUCAACUCUCAGGCUAUCCGAUGGGACAACACCUCAUGCGGAGGAGGCCUGAAGUGGCAGAUCUUCACCUUCAACAAUGGGUACAACUACAAGAACUCCAUUUCCAACGGUUGUUUCUUCAACUUGGCGGCGCGUCUGGGAGCCUACACCAACAACGCCACGUACUUUGAUUGGGCGAACAGGAUGUGGGACUGGGUUACUGACGUCGGCCUCAUGAGCGACUCUUACCAGAUUUUCGAUGGUUCCGACGAUAACUUGAACUGUUCCGAGUUCAACCAUAUUCAGUGGUCUUACAACGCUGGAGUCUUCCUCUACGGUGCAGCGCUCAUGUGGAACAAGACCGAAGAUGCCGAGCAAGCCAAGUGGGAAGGUCGUCUGAGAGGUCUCCUCGACACCACCACUCGCAUCUUCUUCCAGAACAACGUCAUGUACGAAGUAGCCUGCGAACCCUCCUCCAACUGCAACAUCGAUCAGCAAUCCUUCAAGGCCUACUUGACCCGCUGGAUGGCCGCCACCACGAAAGUCGUGCCAUGGACCCACGACAUCAUCAUGCCACUGAUCCAACAAUCCGCCCAAGCCUGCGCCAAGACCUGUAGCGGAAACUCACCAGUCGAUCAAAGCGGAACUGCUUGCGGUACCAAGUGGACACAAGAUACGUGGGACAACACCUUCGGAGUCGGACAACAGAUGAACGCCCUCGAAGUCUUCCAAUCGAACUUGAUCGAUGCCGUGGCAGGACCUCUCGGUAACGAUACUGGAGGUACAUCAAAGGGUGACCCAUCCGCCGGCAGUGGCGGGGACAGAAGUCUCGCGCCACAAGCAGCCAUCACUACCAGCGACCGCGCUGGUGCGGGUAUCCUUACUGCUUUGGUGUUGGUCGGGCUUGUUGGAGGAGCUUGGUGGAUGGUGGCAUAA